CCUACUGUGGUAAACAGACGUCAGAAGGGAGGCUUCGAGUCGAGUCAAAACAAAACAAAAAAGAUCUGCGUGUAAUGAGUAUUUGGAUGUACAGAUUUGGAGAGAAACAACACCAAGCGCCAAAAAGACAAGCUUUGAAGGGGACACCGGAGGAUUUUCUUCAACUUUCUUGAUUUUUUUCUCCCCCCCCGCGCCACUCAAAUAACUGGAGUUAACUAGCGAACAGUUGUGCUAGCUGGCCAGCUAUUUGUCAUGCUGGAAGCGCCGCGGUGGAGUUUUUUUUUUUUUUUGCGCGAGUUACCGCAAAGUGAAUAAGUGAGCUCGGGGGGCGAAGGAGCCCGCGUCGGUCGCGGGAGCGUGCGGGAGACCGCGGGCGGAGAGCGGCGCGCAGGCACGCUGGUGCCGGAUCGGGACCGGGCGCACUAUUUCGCUUUUCUUCCCAGCGUCUCGAGGAAACAUGGCAGUUGGUGGCACGCGCUCGCCCGCAGCGUGGAAGAGCCUGCGCCUCUGAAACGGGGGGGAAGCACACGGAUUCCCUCCCCAUUAUUCCACAUCACACCUGUUACUGACCAGCAUGAACACGGCGGAGAUUUCCACCCCAGCGCUGCUAUUCGCGAUCGCUGACUGAAUUUAUACAUCUGUAGAUCAUUAAUACAGCCUGCUGGCAGAUUUAACCGGUAUUUUUUUCUCGUUUGCGAGCGAUGUUUUGUUGUCGAUUUCCGACGGCUACGCGUUUUCAGUGGACGAGCCGCACGCAGAAUCCCGAAUGAAGAAAUUCUGGAAAGGAUAGCCUCCUUUGCAAUAUGAGUUGAAGCCGAAAUACUGAGAUCUUGCUUGUUUGCUACCUACCAUUUUUCUUAGAUUAACUGUGGCUGAUUGCUCGUUUUAGUACAAAAGACAAAUUAAUGGAUUACUACAUUUCACAAGAAGGGAAAGGGACUUUGAAGAGCUGAGUUUUCUAUUAUUGCGGGCGAGAUAGCAGAUACAGUUGUGCAGCCCCAGACUUCAUUUACGUAAGUGUCAAUAACCUGAAGACACAUUUGCGCGUAGCAGUCGGGCGGUCUUCCAUGGAAUAGGGAGGGGGAUUGAGAGUGUGUGAGGGAGACGGAACCUUGUUUACAACUCGGUGUGGACUGAAGCUUGUCUGUCACGUCGCUCCUUUGUAAUACUGACCUACUCCGGUAAUCCUUAUAUUUGUUUCAUAUUACCCGAUGCACAUUUUUAACAGAGAUCGGUCUGAAAAUAAUGAUUUUUAAAUAUUUUUACUAAACGACCACAAGUAAACAUAACGAACACAGAUUAUGCAUAUUUUAUGAUACAUCCCGUUUAUAAACAAAUGCAAGCUUUUUUUUAACUUUUGUUGAAAGCAGAACUGAGUCGUGAACAAACAAGUAAGAUCGUAUUUAAUGCGUUAUAUUAAAGCGGAGACAGUACAGUAUCGGCAUUGCCAUAGUUACAAGAUCACUUAGCUAUUUUUUUCCUCUGAUAAUUGUAUCUAUUGCUUGCUGAUGGUAGUCCAGUUGGUUUGAUUUGCAUUCCUCUUCGAAUUUCCUUUGUUCUUUGUAUGUAAACAAAACAAACCCGUUCCAGCCUCUUUGGCCAGUGUAAAUCAGGAGGUUUUAGCUAGCUACUAUUAAGGAGAUUAUUUGGUCCUUUUAAUCUCCAAUCGGAGGAUUAACUGACGCUAUAUUGGUGGAGUCAGAUUAUUGCGAUUCUUUUCUACCAUUCGCCGGUUAUUGUUUAUAACGGCAUACCGCUAUUGUAAGGGACUACGCUGAGAAUGAACUUGACUUUUUGUGAACUGUAACAAUUUAGAAAAACGAGGAGAAACGAGAAUUUAUCAGCUUCUGUCCCAUGAGAAACAGUGGACUAACGACGUGGGCGGCCGCCACAUUUCUCAGCAAGCACGUGUUCAACACUAAUCAAUAUUUGAUACAAUAAUUCUUAAAUGACCGAGUUUGUUUUUGUGGUGUGUAUGUGUUUUUUCUUCUUUAUUGAUACCACAAUAGUUUUGUGAUUUUUUUUUUUUAAACUGAAUUUUUAAAAAAUAGCCUAGCCAUAUCCGAAGCUUUUGUACUGCUGGCAAACAUACUGCUACGUAACGAACCUUUGUGAUAAAAAAAACUAAAACAAAAGGAAAAACAAAAACUGAAAAUGGAGGAAGAAAAGGUACCCCCAAUUGACCCUGACUUUGAGCCCCAGAGCAGACCGAGAUCGUGCACAUGGCCGCUGCCUAGGCCCGACAUCUCAGCUGUCAAACAGGAGGGGGCGGACGGUGCGGAAUCCGCCGCGGGGACACCCCCCGCCGAAGAGGAUAAGCAGGAGCCUCCGCAAAUCACGUCGGAGCCGGAGAAGGCGGCCGUCUCCGAGGGAGGGGUCGCGGCCGGAGCGGGAGGAGCCACGCCGCGAAAGGGAUCCUCGCGGCGCAACGCCUGGGGGAGCCAGUCCUAUGCAGACCUGAUCAGCCAGGCCAUCGAGAACUCCCCCGAGAAGCGGCUCACUCUGGCGCAGAUAUACGACUGGAUGGUGAAAACUGUACCUUACUUCAAGGAUAAAGGAGACAGCAAUAGUUCGGCUGGGUGGAAGAACUCAAUCCGCCACAACCUGUCCCUGCACAACAAGUUCCUGCGGGUGCACAACGAGUCGACGGGGAAGAGCUCGUGGUGGAUGCUCAACCCCGAGGGGGGGAAGACGGGCAAGGCGCCGCGCCGCCGCGCCGCCUCCAUGGACAACAGCAGCAAGCUGCUGAAGAGCCGCAUGCGCGCCAAGCAGACCAAGAAGCAGGCGGGGGCCGCGGGGCCCGGCGGGGCGGGCGGGGCCCUGCAGGGCGAGGGCGGGGCCGGGGCCGGGGGCGCCGACAGCCCCGGCUCUUCCCAGCAGUUCCCCAAAUGGGGGGUGAACAGCAGCAGCCCGUCGUCCCGCGGCAGCCUGGACGACCCGGACAUGUGGACCAGCUUCCGGCCGCGCACCAGCUCCAACGCCAGCACCCUGAGCGGCCGGCUGUCGCCCAUCGCGCCGGGCCAGGAGGACGAGGACGAGCUGCGCGAGGACGGGCUGCUGGGGGGGUACUCGGCGGGCAGCGUGCCCCCCACCCUCACCGAGACCCUCAUGGAGGAGCUGGACCUCAUCGACGGGCUCACCCUGAUGAGCGGCCAGCCGGGAGGGGCGAGCCCCAGCACCGCGCCCCCGGCCCCGCCCACGCCGCUGCCCUCCGCGGCCACCCUGCUGCCCCGAGGGUCCGGCUUCCCCUCAUUCCGGCCCCUGCUCCCCGCCAAGCCCCCCCAGCCCUCCCCCCAGGCCGGGGCGAAUGCCUCGGUGUCGCAGGGCGCCGGCUCCACGCCCAGCUCCUCCAACUUCGGUAACUCCCUCUUCAACCCCUUGCCCGGGCCCGGGUCCCGCGGCGCUCCUUUCGGGGCCCGUGUUCCCUCCAGCCUGGAGGCCCUGCUCACCUCCGACUCGCCGCCGCCCAGCGACGUCAUGAUGACUCAGGUCGACCCGCUGAUGCCCAGCCAGGGCGGGGCGGGGCUGCUGGGACUGGGCGGGGCCAUGACGGAGGGGCGGGGCAAGCCCAGCCAACUGCUGCUGGGAAAGAGCCUGGAGCCGAACCCAGUGGCGGCCAUGACACUGCAGCAGCAGCAACAGCAGCAGCAACAGCAGCAGUCCCAGCUGGGCUUGGGCAUGCUGCUGCCGACCAUGACCCAGGACCCGCCCCAGAUGACGGCGCUGAAGGCUCACCUCGCCCAGGGCUCGGCCGGCCCCGGCGGGGCGGGGAUGCUGCUGGGCGGGGGCGUCUCCGCGGGGGGCGGCGGCGGCGGGGGCCUCCAGGGCCUCCAGGGGAUGGGCCCGUUCGGUGGUCCCGGCUGCUUCCUGCCCGGCCAGGACCGGCUGCCCACCGACCUGGACAUCGAGAUGUUCACGGAGAACCUGGACUGUGACGUGGAUUACAUCAUCAACAGCGACCUCAUGGACGGAGAGGGCAUCGAUUUCAACUUCGACCCCAUACUGCCUGCGGGUCAGGGCUACCCCGGCCCUGCCACCACACAGAGCUCCUCCCACAACUGGGUGCCCAGCUAACUCGUCAGUACCACUUACAGCAGUAGCCAGGGUAGGAUCCACUACCCAACCUCACCACAGCCUCACCAAGUCCCCCCGCCCCCCAAAUACAGAGGCCAGACCCCCUAUGGGGGUGCUCUCUGUGCUCUUCCCACACCGUGACCACCAUACCUCCAGCACACCAACUCCACAGUCUACACAUGGCUGAAGACUGGACACCUGGACUUGGCCAAGUCUUGUACAAGGUUUUUCUUUUUUGUAUAAUUUUGUUCAUAUCCUGUUUUUUUAUUAUUAUUACUUUGAAAAAAAACGAAAGCAGACCUCAUCUACGUCACGUGCCAAUGGGAAGGGUUUCACUCUGAUGGAAAAACGAGGACUCCGCAGAUCCAUGCUGGAUUCUUUUCUAAAACACUUUGGACUCAGAUUACUUUGUAAACAAUGUUGUUUUUUGUGGGAAUGGCUAUCUGUGUUUUUUUUAUUUUGAUUUUAACAGGGCUAAUUGAUAAUAAUAAGACCAUAGAAGGAGAAUGUUUUUGGUGUCAAAGAGGAGCACAACACCGACGGUGCUUAUGUGUACUAUUGUUGUCAUUGUCGUUAACGUAGCGGUAGGGUUGCGAAUGACGUUCCUCUUCCCUCUUUCUUUCUCUCUUUCCUUUUGAAGGAGAAAACCAGUGACACGUACAGAAACUAACCUCUGGCCAGUUAGGUUUUUGAAAGACUCUCGGGAGGACGCCGCCGUUUGUAGACCCCGUCGACCUGGCUAGGUUCAGAAUUACACUGCGCGGCGGCAGUGGCUGUGUUAAGCUGUACCUUACAGUGCACAGACUGAGAUCAUGAACUCAGCAUUGGGCCCUGAGAGAAAGCUCAGUUAUGAGGCUGUAUGGUCAUGUGGAUA